UUCUGUCGCGCUCCUCAUCUGAUCUGAACGGAGCAUCGAUUAUUUUAAACACAAUUUAACAGCACAUUAAGGUUUAUUUUCUACCUCAAGAUGGCAGGGAACUUCUGGCAGAGUUCACAUUAUCUGCAGUGGGUUCUGGACAAGCAGGAUCUGAUGAAGGAGAGACAGAAAGAUCUCAAGUUCCUCACAGAAGAGGAGUACUGGAAACUGCAGAUAUUUUUUGCCAAUGUGAUUCAAGCCUUGGGCGAACACUUGAAACUCAGACAGCAGGUCAUCGCCACGGCAACUGUCUACUUUAAGCGUUUCUAUGCCAGGUACUCUCUGAAGAGCAUUGACCCUGUGUUAAUGGCCCCAACAUGUGUGUUUCUGGCCUCUAAAGUAGAGGAAUUUGGUGUCGUUUCAAACACUCGGCUUAUUUCAGCAGCAACGUCUGUGUUGAAAACAAGGUUCUCUUAUGCCUUCCCAAAGGAGUUUCCCUUCAGAAUGAACCACAUCCUGGAGUGUGAAUUCUACUUGCUGGAGCUCAUGGACUGCUGUCUGAUCGUGUAUCAUCCGUACAGGCCGCUAUUACAGUAUGUGCAGGACAUGGGGCAGGAGGACAUGCUGCUGCCGCUGGCUUGGAGAAUAGUAAACGACACCUACAGAACAGACCUGUGUCUGCUUUACCCUCCAUUUAUGAUUGCACUGGCUUGCCUGCAUGUGGCGUGUGUGGUUCAGCAGAAAGAUGCCAGACAGUGGUUUGCUGAGCUCUCUGUGGACAUGGAGAAGAUCCUGGAGAUCAUCAGGGUGAUCCUGAAGCUCUAUGACCAGUGGAAGAACUUUGACGAUAGGAAGGAAAUCGCCGCUGUGAUCAACAAGGUGCCCAAACCCAAACCUCCUCCUAACAGCGAGACUGACCAGAGCUCAAACGGCAGUCAAAACAGCUCGUACAGUCAGUCCUAGAGCGCCAUCUGCAGGUGGACAUGAGGCAGAGCGAUCCAGAGAGGCAAAAACGGCACAUCCUGGCACAUUUGAAUGCUGAUUUUCACAAGCACAUUGUUUUCUGAUCGUGAGGAAACUGAUUCCUGGCACACACACACACGCACAGAUUUUCUCUUUCCUCUCCUCUGGAAUCUUCCAACCAAUCAAAGCAGACUCCACCUCCUUUUGUCCUUCCACGAAUCAGAGCAGUCAAAAUGAUGCCACUUGUUUCCACCAAUCAGAGCAGACAAAAAGACUCUACCUCCGUCCUUCCACCAAUCAGAGCAGGAGGGGAGCGAACUGCUCACCAAUAGGAAAUCUGCUUUGAUAUAGAGUUUGUUGUCUAGCUUAAGGCUGUAGUGCUGAAUGUUUUGGACACACACACACACACAUAAGCAUAAAAGUAUGUGUUUAAUGGUCCUGACUUUCUUGAAAGGUUGAUUUGAAGAUUCUUUUGGGAACAAAAAAGACUUUUUUUCCUCUGUGUCUGAGAGUGAAGAGGAGAAAGUGUGUGUGUGUGUGUUGUUGAAUUAUUGUAUGCGUGCCUCUCGUCGACCAUAUCACAGUUUUGUAUUCCUCAGGGAAACGGAUCAGUCCUCUCUACAAAGUGGCUGGUUGUAAACUGAUUGGCCACAGGGCUAUGUGACGUGAUCUAUUUCGAACCCUCGUACUGUGUAAAUCGAUUCCUGAUUGGAUACUUAAACGUUUUUUCCGUUGACGUGUGUGGAUGUGAGUUCGCCACUGUGAGAUUUAGUGAUAUGGAUAGUUUGAUUUGAUCACAAAAAUGCUCCCAAAAUGCAUUGUAAAUAUGCGUUCAUCCUAUAGGCCUUUUUAUUCUAUAAUUAUGCUGUGUGUUUUGUUUUGCUUUCAUUUUGUUAUUUGACGUAUUUGCAGCGCACAAAGUGAUCGUUCACCAAAAAAUGAACAUUUGCUCAUCAUUUACUCAACUUCAGGUGUUUGAGCUUUUUUUUCUGUUUUCAAAAAUGGCUGUUUGUUCAAACUACUUAUUUAAAAUGAGCUGAGACAACACAAUUAUUGUGUUUUAUUUCUGGACAACUUAUUUUUUUUAUGUUCAAUUUACUUAAAUUUGUAACAACUAGUAAGUUAAAUCAAGAAGUGUGUUGUUUAAGCUCAAUUUAAAUAAGCAGUUGGAACAAACAGCAAAUGUCAGUCACUUUUGAGUCUGUUAAACUUAAAUAUUUCUAUUUAUGGAUAUUUUGAAUCGUUUUGAAAACCAUUGACUGCAAUAUAGAUGAAAAAAUCACCAUGGGAGUCAAUGGCUGCUUGUUUCUUUAAACAUUCUUCAAAAUAUCUUCUUUUGUGUUUGAUAGAAUAAGAAAUUCAUGAAGGUUUGGAACCAUUUGAAGAUGAUUAAAUGAAAUUAUGUUUAUGUUUUGGUGAACUAUCGCUUCAAAUGUUAGUUUGAUGGAGGACAAGCCAAUAUUUUGAGUUCUUUGAGGCACUUCCUAUUUUCUGCAUCUCAGUUUCCUGUCAUGAGAGAGACAUAACUAAGAGGAAAGGUUUUAUGAUAAGUUGAUGUUUAGCUCUGAAUGGGGUUUGUUUUUGCUUCGUCUCUCACUGUGGUCUCAUGUUUGGCAGUGUUUCAGGAGUGUUUAUUACCUGCAAAUAUCUGCGUCCCUCUCUGUGUUGCUGUGUGUGUAUUAUUUGCCUGUAAAUAUAUUUCAUAACGUGAUAACUAUGGGUAUUGAGAGGGCUUGGAGUGUUAUUAAUUUUUUUUUCUAUAACGGAGCUUGGAAGCCUUAUUGAAUAAAGCUGCUGCUGAAAAAAAAACUAUAGUGUGAAUGUUUUUAGGUUCAGGGAUAAUGUUUUUUUUAAAUCUCAACUCUCACGAGUCAUUUGGGUCCACAUUUGUGCAUAAAGAGAUGCAUACACUUUUGAAGCAGUUCAAUCUUUAAAACACUUUCUGUUUCGUUUCUUUGUAUGUGUUUUCAUGUUCUUUGCAUGUGU